AUAAAAAGGGAAUUAGGGAAUAAAAAGGGAAUUAGGGAAGGAGGAAGAAAGGGGAGGGAACACACCGACCCUCUCUCUUACCUGUCUUUGUGUCAGUUUUUUAACUAUUCCUAACAUCCCUUCUUCUUCUUCUUCUUCUUCUUCUAUUCUCCCAUUCUCCACCAUUCUUCUCUCUCUCUCACUGUUAAUUAACUCCAGACAGAUCUGUUCUGAGCUUUGCAUAAUGCUGGUCGAAUAUACGUAGUGGAAAUAAUUAAUGAUGAAUCGGAGUUUCAGAGAUUCCAUGAUCAGCAGUGGGAGGAAUUUCCCUAUCUCAUCGCAACACCGACGAGGACUUAGUCUUAACGGAGCUUCUAGAGAGCCUGUUGACGAUAACUUGGAUCUCUUCUCCAAAAGUCGCCGUAGUGUUUCUGUUGUCUCCUCCGAUGAGUCUGACGUUCCUGUUAAGCUGGGAAGGCUUUCAAUUGGAUCAGUUAAGCAAUUAAAGAGUGGAUUAGAGGAUCUGCUGGCAUCUACUGAAGGAGAGAAACAUGAUUAUGAUUGGCUCCUCACUCCUCCAGGAACUCCUCUUGUUCCUUCAUCAGAUGGAAGUGAAUCAAAACCAGCUUCAGUGGCUCCAAGAGGCAGCUCAUUGGGCAGAUCUGCCUCCACUACUAAGGCUUCAAGGCUUUCAGUGUCUCAUUCAGAGAGCAAUACUCCUGCAAGACCAACUCGGAGUAAUUCUGUGACUCGACCUUCCAUUUCUAGCUCACAGUAUAGUACUUGCUCAAAUAAAUCAGGCUCUAUUCUAAACACAAGCUCUGCAUCAGUCUCCUCCUAUAUUAGACCGUCUACGCCAACUAGCCGUUCGUCUUCUUCAACCAGACCUUCCACCCCUACCUCCCGUACAACAGUGUCCAGACCUUCAACUCCGUCGAAAGCCCGCCAAGCCCCAAUUACUUCUAGGCCAACCCAGAACUCGAGACCUUCUACUCCAACUUCCCGGCCCCAAAUAUCAGGGAGCUCAAGUACCCCUGCUGCCCGGUCUACUUCAAGGCCUUCAACGCCUACUCGUCGGGCCAUAACACCUUCAUUAUCUCCAGCAUCUAGACCUUCAACUCCAGCAGGGCGCUCUCUCACCAAUGGACGACCUGCAGCUUCUGUUUCUCGUCCAAGCUCCCCUAGUCCCCAAGUUCGGCGACCAUCACAGCCAAUAGUUCCCCCAGAUUUUUCACUUGAAACACCACCAAACCUACGCACAACUCUGCCAGAUAGACCUCUGUCUGCUGGAAGAUCCAGGUCAAAUUCUUCUGUCACUACCAAGGGCAAUGCAGAAACCCCAAGUGUGGCAAAUCCUCGGAGACAGUCAUCGCCGAUUGUUAGCAGGGGAAGACUAACAGAACCCUCUAGUAGAGGACGAGUGCUUGGUGGUGGGCAGCUAAGUGAUAUUUCUGAUUCCCGCAGGGCUUUACAUGUCUCAGAGUUGUCUACAAGGAGGCCUGUAAAGACUGCUACUGACAGUAUGGGACUUGGAAGGACAAUUUCUAAGAAAUCUCUUGAUGUGGCAAUCAAGCAUAUGGAUAUUAGAAACGGCCUUAAUGGUGUUCGUCCAAUUUCCGGUUCAACCCUCUUUCCUCACAGUAUUCGAUCCACAAAUGGGAAAGGCCAGCCUUCUCAUGGUUCUAGUGCGGCAUCCUCUAUCAAUGAGAAUGCAUCUUACCACUACAAUGGUAAUCUUCCAGAAAAUGGUAAUUACCUUAAUAGAUCAUCUGAGAACGGGAGUGAAGAGGCCAAGUCUCAACAUUCAGCAAAACUGACAGAUAUUGAUAUUUAUGAGAGUUCUCGUUACGAUGCGCUUCUGCUGAAAGAGGACUUGAAGAACACGAAUUGGUUGCACAGUAUCGAUGACAAGUCGGACCAUGAAACCAUAUUUGAUAACGGGUUCGAGUCGCUGCCUGAACCUUUUAGCCCUUUGCAACAUUUGUGAAGUGAUUUUCCUUUCUGUUAUUACUAAUUUUUCCUUUUUGAGUUUCUAUUUGUUACUAAAAUCAUUUGUUUGCAAAAGAAGAUAAGAAGAGAUGGAAUGUGGCAAAUUAGCCCAUCAGGACUGUGAAAGGCAACCUACUAUAUCUAUUUUGUUUCCAUUAUUAUGCACAACCAAAA